AUGCUGCCCUUCCUUCUUGCCGGCUCGCUCUUAGCCGGCUCCGUCGCCGCCUCCGCCGCAGAUGCCGUCCGCGCUGCCGGUCUCCACCGUUCCCGGAGUCCUCCUCCUAAGGUUCGGGGCGAAGGCUUCAUCCGGGCGCCGCUGUCAAUUGUCCCGCCGACUGCCGAAAGCUUCAAACGACUUAUGGCUCGCCAGAACGAAGUGGAAGUGAAGAACAUUUGGUCAGGCACCAGGUACACUGUCGACGUCGAAAUCGGCACUCCACCCCAGACGGUCACGCUCAUUCUUGACACUGGAUCCCCCGACACCUGGGUCAAUCCAACCUGCGAGACCCUGUUAGCCGGUAUCCAGGAAUGUCGUAAACAACCAUUCUUCAAUUCCACGAAGAGCUCUUCUUUCAACAAAACACAACGCAUCAACUACCUGCAGUACGGUAGCGGCACGGCAAUCGUACAAUGGGUUUUUGAAACCUUGACCAUAGGAUCUGCAACUAUCGAAGAACAAAUCAUCGGUAUCAACUCCUGGUCCGAGAAUAUUCCGAACGGCAUUUUGGGCUUAUCGCCCCCAGUCACAGGCAACAAUGACUACCCCUACGUCCUCGACACGAUGGUAGCUCAAGGCCUGAUCAAGUCGCGCGCCUUCUCCCUGGACCUGCGCGGUGUUGAUAACCCCACCGGCUCCAUAAUCUUCGGCGGCAUCGACACAGGCAAGUUCAUCGGCAACCUCGUGAAGCUGCCCAUGCUUCCUGCGAGCCAGACUCCUCUCGGAGCCUACCGCUACUACGUCACCAUGACCGGCAUCGGUGUGACUUUUCCCGACGGGCAGGUCGUCCGUUCUGACGAGAUCACUGUCCCCGUCUUCCUCGACUCCGGCGGCACGUUUUCCCAAUUGCCUCCCGAGAUCGUACAAGCCCUCGCCUCUGUCUUCACUAACGCAGUCCUUACCCGCGACGGGUACUGGCUCGUCCCUUGCGGCGUGACCGAAUUUCCUGGAUCCAUCGACUUCUACUUCGCCGGCAAGACGAUCCGCGUCUCAUUUAACGACUUCAUCUUAGAGCUCGAUGGGAUAUGCGUGCUAGGUGUACUUUCCAGCGAAGAUGAAUACGUCCUAGGUGACACAUUCCUGCGUGCGGUGUACGCCGUCUUCGACCAAGAUAAUCAGGAAAUCCACCUCGCACAGGCAGCGAACUGUGGCACGAACUUGGUGGCGAUCGGCUCGGGCCCGGAUGCCGUGCCGAGCAGUAGGGGUCUGUGCACGGCCCUGCCGAUGCCGACUGUCUCCGCGGGUGUGAAAAGCCUUAACCUUCAGCCGACAAAGUCCGUGAAUGUGGUGGAUACGCCCGGGCCCACAGGCAUUGUUGCCGGACCGGGGCCGGGUGGUCCGAGCAGGGCUACCACUGGCUUGCCUGAGCUGCCGACGAUCAACUGGCAGAUUCCGAAAUGGGAUGAGAAUGAGAGUGCUGUCGGGAGGGCGGCUGGUGUCGGGAUGAUGAUGAUGAUCGGGGCGGUUGUGGCCAAUAUGAUGUGGCUAUGUUGA